AGAUGUUAUUGCAAUCUUUCAAUUUGAUGCCACCUAUGAUCCAUUUGAAGAAAGAACCUCCUUUUUCUUGUUGCAGCAAAUGGCCGGACUGUAACGCUCUUUCUAUUAUAUCACCCAAAACCCUAGUUGAAUCAAUCAACAUUCUUUCACAGCAGCUUCAGGCAAAACCAGGGAAGAUAUGUCUGAUGAAGAAGAGUUACCGGACCAUCUCCGCUGUAAAAGAUCCGAUGGUAAGCAAUGGCGGUGUCGCCGUCGAGCAAUGGAAGGAAAGAAGUCUUGUCGGCUCCACAGUCUCCAACUCCGACUCAGACAGCACAAAGAGAAAGUCCCCGAAUCUCUGAAAAUCAAGAGAAGUGCGAGAAACAAAGUCAGAAAUCAAGAACUGAACCCAGAAAUCAAGGCCAUAACAAAGGACGACAGGGGCACUACUUCUAGACCCGCUAAGAGAAACCGGAAUGUAGAUGUUUCCGAGGCAUUGGACGGAGCUUUGAGGAAGAUGAAGUUGAAGAGAGGGGAUUUACAGUUAGAGCUGAUCAGAGAGUUCUUGAAGAGUAAAGUGGAGAAGAAGAAAGAUGGAAAGAGAAACAUGGAGUCCGGGGAGAAGAUAGAAUUGCCUAACGGACUCAUGGCUAUUUCCCCACCUCCUUCCCCAAAUCAUUUCAACAAUGCCAGUGAACCCUGCAAUGUGAAAUUAGGGUUUGAAUCUGGUCUUCCUCUUCGGAGGUGCUUCCGAUCCAAGAACAUCGAGCCCCUCCCAAUUGGUUCAAUGCAGAUUCUUCCAUAUCCUAAGAAUGGAGAAAAACUGAGUAAAGUGAAGAGGAAGAAAUGCCAUUGGUGUAGAAAAAGUAAUUACAGGACACUGAUCAGAUGUUGCACCUGCAAAAAAGAACACUACUGCACAGAUUGCAUAGAUCAAAGGCCUUCUUUACUCGAGGAACAAGUUAAAAAGGAAUGUCCAGUUUGUCUAAGAACAUGCCCAUGUAGAGUCUGCUUGAGAAACCGAUCAAAAGAUGUAGUAGUGAAGGAUAAUUCAAGUACCGGAAAGAAGAAGAGUAAGAAAAUUAAACUUCUCUACUUCCUGCGCAUGCUUCUUCCUGUACUGGAACAAAUAAACCGGGAUCAGAUGCUCGAGCUGGAGGUAGAAGCCAAAAUAAAAGGUGUAGUAUGCUCUCAACUUCAAAUUCACCAGACUAAAGCUGGAUGCAGCGAACUAUAUAACUGCAACUAUUGUAAAGCUUCAAUAUUGGAUAUCCAUAGAAGCUGCAGGAAAUGCUCAUAUAAAAUUUGCUUGAGUUGUUGUUCAAAGUUCUACGAAAAUUCUCCUAAGAGAAGCAAGGCAGGUAGUUAUUGUACUCAGAAGUUUCGCUCUAAACGCGUUAAUUAUCCUGAACUGUUGCCAAGAUGGAAGCCUCUAAAUGAUGACGGUAGUUUAAUCUGCCCACCUGCUACUUUUGACGGUUGUGGUGAUGGACUUCUUGAUCUACAAAGUAUAUUCCCACCAAAUUGGACCAAUGAACUGCAUGAAAAUGGAGAAAACGUAAUUAGUAGCUACGAUGAUCUUCUGCAAACAGUAGAUGUUGAUUCUUUGAGAAGGAAAGUUGGUGGAAUGAGAGCGGCUAGAAGAGAAAACUCGGGCGAUGAUUUUUUGUACCAUCCGAUUAUGAAUGAGCCUUGUGGAGAAGUUUUUCUUAGCCAGUUCCAGAAGCACUGGGAAAAAGGUCAGCCUGUUAUAGUUCAAAGAGUGUUCAACAGUUCAGUUGAAAGGAAUUGGGACCCUCUGUUUAUGUUCUGCUCAUACUUGAAGAAAAGAAUUCAUGAUAGAGCAUCAUUAAUGGAAACAAUGGCUAGGGACUGUUUGGAUUGGUUUGAGGUAGAAAUUUGUAGUAAGAAUAUCAUCAUGGGAUCGACUUUGGAGGCUCAGUCAUACGCAAAUUUGAAGUGCGAGAUGCUGAAGCUUAAAUUCCAAGUCUCUUCUCAAAUGUUUCAAGAGCACUUUCCAGACCACUUUGAUUAUAUUAUCGAUGCUUUACCAUUCCAAGAAUAUAUGAAUCCAGCAUCUGGCAUUCUCAAUGUGGCUGCAAACCUGCCCGAUCACAUGGAAAAGCCCGAGAAUUUGGGUCCUUAUCUGCACAUAUCAUUUGGCGGGCCAGAUGAUCUUAUGCAUCCAGAUUUCGUUGCGAAAUUAUGUUACGACUCUCAUGAUAUGGUUAAUAUUCUGGUGCAAACUACAAAUAUUCCUAUUACGUCGGAACAGAUAACUGAAGUAAAAGAUUUAAUGAAGAAAUACAACUCCCAUCAUCAAAAAGCAGUUAACGAUGAAAUGGAAGAAAAAUCAUCUGUACUCAGUGAUGAAGAUACUGAAGAAUCAGGUUUUGAUGCGAUUAGAAAUGAUACAUCGCAUAAUAAACCUAUUAGAUCUAAGAAGAAGCCUUGUAUAAGGGGUCGUGAUUCUGGUACAUACGAGGAAGAACUAAAGACCGAUACUUGUGGUGCAGAGUGGGACAUUUUUCGUCGACAGGAUGUUCCAAAGCUUUUGAGAUACCUUAAAAAACAUUCCAAGGAAUUUGGGUAUCCUUAUUGUGUUCCAGAUAAUAAUAAUAAUGUUAUCCAUCCAAUUUAUGAUGAGAGCUUUUAUCUGGACACAAUUCAUAAAACAAGGCUUAAGGAGGAGUUCAACAUUGAACCUUGGACAUUUGAACAGCAUCCUGGAGAGGCAGUCAUUGUUCCUGCUGGUUGUCCUUAUCAGUUCAGAAAACUAAAGUCCUGUGUAAGCGUGGUAUUGAAUUUUGUGUCGCCCGAGAAUACUGGCAAGUGCAUUAAUUUGAUUGAUGAAAUUCGUUUGCUCCCUGUACAACAUAAAGCGAGAAAAAAGACACUUGAGGUGAAGAAAAUGACUCUCUAUGGUGUUUCCUCAGCAAUCAAGGAGAUAGAUUAAAGGUCUUUUUCUUUGCUGUUAAUUUGUUUCUGUAGCACUUCCCUUCAGGAGGGAUUGCAAUUAUAAAAGAGAGGGGUCUUACUUCAAUUUUAAAGCUAUUCACAUUGUAAAUAAAUAGCUUUGGAAGAAACACAGAAAACAGGAUCUUUGGGGGAUAUACAGCAAUAAGUAAUCGGAUCUGCUGCUUUAUUAUAUGCUAUGUUCCUUUGAAUUUGGAGUUGUCAAGUC